UCCCUCUCCUUUUCCUUUCUUCCUCUGCUGUCAACCUCUUCUCUCUUAGCCUCCUUAGUCACUUUCUAUCUGCACAAUCACACAAACAUACAAAGAGAAAGAGAAAGAAAAAUGAGCCUUUCUUUUGUAUAAUGACUAGUGGACCAAAACCCUCUUCUUCAAUCAGAAGAAGAUGGCUAUCCAACAGCAUGAUGAACAACAAAGCUCUUCUUUCUUGCUAGACUCCACUCUCUACUGUGAAGAAGAGAGAUGGGAAGAGGAAGAAGAAGCAGAAGAGGUCUGUCAAAAUGAGAGUUUACAUGUAAUCUGUGGCCAGAAUGGAACAAGAAAGAGUCCUUUCCUAUUUUCAUCAUUGCUUGAACAAGAUUUGUUCUGGGAAGAGGGGGAACUUCUCGCACUCUUCUCCAAAGAAGAAGAAGAACAAUCCCAAUUCAAUGUCUACAAUGUGGAAACAGAUUAUGGUCUCUCUAUUGCUCGUCAAGAGGCUGUGGAGUGGAUGCUUAAGGUCAAUGCCCAUUAUGGGUUUUCGGCUCUUACUGCAAUCUUGGCUGUCAACUAUCUUGACAGAUUCAUCUCCAGCUCUUAUUAUCAAAGAGACAAGCCAUGGAUGAUCCAACUUGUGGCUGUGACUUGUCUUUCUCUCGCUGCAAAAGUAGAAGAGACCCAAGUGCCUCUGCUCUUAGGCCUCCAAGUGGAAGACACAAAGUAUGUGUUUGAGGCCAAAACCAUUCAAAGAAUGGAGCUUUUAGUGCUUUCUACGCUUAAAUGGAAGAUGCACCCAGUGACUCCACUCUCAUUUCUUGAUCACAUUAUUAGGAGGCUUGGAUUAAAGACCCAUCUUCAUUGGGAGUUUCUAAGGAGAUGUGAACGUCUUCUACUUGCUGUACUCUCAGAUUCAAGAUCCAUCAGCUAUCUUCCUUCUGCAUUGGCUACUGCUACAAUGAUGCACAUUAUAGACCAAGUCGAACCCUUAAAUCCGAUGGUCUAUCAGAAUCAGCUUCUGGGUGUUCUUAAAAUCUGCAAGGAAAAUGUGAUCGAUUGUUAUGAACUCAUUCUUAAGCUAUCAAAGACCAAAACCAUUGCUUCUGUUGUCUACAACAAGUCUCACAAACGAAAGUAUGAACCAAUCCCCAGCAGUCCAAGUGGUGUGAUUGAUGCUACUGUUUUUAGCUGUGACAGCUCAAACGAUUCCUGGGCUCUGGGGUCUUCAGUCUCUUCAUCGCCAGAACUACUUUUUAAGAAGAGCAGAGUCCAAGACCAAUGGGUUUUUGUGGACAUCGUUGGCAGCCCUCGUUAAUCUGAAAAAAAAAGGAAGAAAAUCUAUAUUUUAUUAUGUUUAUUCAUGUCUUUCUCCCUUUUCCACUCUGCAAUUCCAAGAUUGUCCACUAUAGAAUCCUGCCAUGGAGAUGGGUGUCAUUUUCUAGAGAAGAGGAAGGAUGAGAUGAGAGGGUAGUGUUUCAAUCUCCCUCUUAUUUUAUGUCUUUGGCACUGUACGUGUUAGUCUUUUUUAAGAGAAUACUUUUCAUAUGGACAUAUUAAUAUCAUAUUCAUAAAAUAAAUAAUUCAAAUCAUUUUUGUUCAUUUGUUAA